CCCAGCACCUGUCACCACCAAUGAAUUCAAAACAACAACUGGAAAAGCUCAUGGAGCACAGUAAGCAAGCAACCCCUUUCUAAGGUUUCAGAGGGCAGAGCUACUGCCUUAAGGAGGAUGGCUGCAGUGAAUGUAUUGCUCUCCAAAGACCCUGAAGGCUCCGGAAUAGGCACAGUCGAGACUCCCUCAGUUAAGGAGCUAGAACAGCUCUUGAAUACUGGGAGACCUUCCUGUAACCAUGCUGAUGAAGUAUGGCCUAAUCUUUUCUUAGGGGAUCUUGUUAUAGCCCACAGCAGAUUUGAUUUAUGGAAGAUGGGCAUUAGUCAUGUUUUAAAUGCUGCCCAUGGCACAAUAUAUAGCCAAGGAUCCCAUGGCUUUUAUGGCACCACUAUUGAAUACCAUGGUGUACGAGCCUAUGACCUUCCGAAUUUUGACAUAAGUAAAUUUUUUUGCAGUGCAGCUGAAUUUAUACACAAAGCAUUGACCACACCAGGAGCUAAAAUCUUAGUGCACUGUGCAGUUGGGAUAAGCCGGUCAUCUUCUUUGGUGCUGGCAUACCUCAUGAUCUUCCAUCAUCUCUCUUUGGUUGAAGCAAUUCAGACUGUGAAAGAGCAUCGGUGGAUUCAUCCCAAUCGAGGGUUCCUCAAACAACUGAGAAAUCUGGACAUUCAACUAAGAGGACAUGAAGCAAAGAAAAAGGAAACCCACAAUGAUCAGCAAAACUGAGAAUUAGCUAUGUUCUAAAUGUCAUUGAAUGUUUUCAUCAAAAUCUAGACUUUCAUUUUCUGGUUAUUAAAAUAACUAUGUUGUACUGCCUCUUUAAGAGCCAAACCCAAAGUACCUCAGGAUGAUAUAGAGACUAUGUGAGAGAACUGGGGAAACAAUAAAGUUUGUAGCAGAAGCCUG